GUUGACGUGAUCCGGUCGUCCUUUUUCCACGUGACAUCGUUCGUUAUGUCGCAUCGUAAGUUUUCUGCACCAAGACACGGCUCUUUGGGAUUCUUACCAAGAAAACGCUCUAAGCGUUCUCGUGGUAAGGUUAAGGCCUUCCCAAAGGAUAACCAAAAGGAUCCGGUUCACCCAACCGCCUUUAUUGGUUACAAAGCCGGUAUGACCCACGUUGUCAGAGAAGUCGACAGACCGGGCUCUAAGAUGAAUAAGAAGGAAGUCGUUGAAGCCGUUACUAUUUUGGAGACACCACCCAUGAUUGUUGUUGGUAUUGUUGGUUACAUUGAUACCCCUAAGGGUCUUAGAGCCUUUAAAACCGUUUUUGCUGAGCAUUUGAGCGACGAAUGCAAGAGAAGAUUCUACAAGAACUGGUACCGAUCCAAGAAGAAGGCUUUCCUUAAAGCCUCCAAGAAAUGGAAAGAUGAAGAAGGCAAGAAGGAGAUCCAGCGUGAUUUUGAUAAGAUGAAGAGAUACUGUCGCGUAAUCCGUAUCAUCUGUCACACCCAAAUGAAGCUUCUUAAGAAGAGACAAAAGAAAGCUCAUAUUAUGGAAAUCCAAUUAAAUGGAGGAACCACCGCCCAAAAAGUUGACUGGGCCAAGGAAAAACUGGAAAGCUCAAUCCCAAUUGAUUCUAUCUUCAGUCCUGAUGAAAUGAUUGACGUUAUUGGAGUGACUAAAGGAAAAGGAUUCAAGGGUGUUACUUCGAGAUGGCACACCAAGAAACUCCCAAGAAAGACACACAAAGGUCUUCGUAAAGUUGCUUGUAUUGGUGCAUGGCAUCCAGCAAGAGUUGCCUUCUCUGUGGCUAGAGCUGGUCAAAAAGGAUACCAUCAUAGAACCGAGAUGAACAAGAAGAUCUACAGACUUGGAAAGGGUGUCCACACUGACAACGGAAAAGUUGUCCGUAACAAUGCUUCGACUGAAUACGAUAUCACCGAGAAGACCAUCACACCCAUGGGUGGCUUCCCUCAUUAUGGUGAAGUCAAUCAAGAUUUCAUUAUGCUUAAGGGGUGCUGUAUGGGCCCCAAAAAGAGGGUAAUCACUUUGAGAAAAUCUUUGGUACCUCAAGUGAGCCGAAAGGCCAAGGAAAGAAUCAAUUUGAAAUUUAUCGAUACCAGCAGUAAAUUCGGACACGGUAGAUUCCAGACCGGUGAGGAAAAGAAGAACUUCUUGGGUGUCUUGAAAAAAGACAGAUUGGCUGAAGAAGAAAAGAUGCAAACCGCCUAA